UCCGGGGGAGAACCCCCCGGACCCCUUAUCUAUCUGACAAUAAUUUUCCGUUUCAAUAUUCAUAUUGUAUACAUGUACAUCUAGUAAUGACUCCAUCCCAAGCCAGAAAAUUGAAUCCACUGUUCCUGUACUUAUUCAUACAUUUGAAAAAAAAAAUAAUGAUAAUAAAAGGUAUAGCAAAAUUCAGGGGUACCCAAAACUUGUUUACUCAAGGUCCACGUUGUAAAAUUUGGAAAGGCAAGGCGAGUCAACAGUCCAACAAUAUUCCAGUUCAAAUGGUAUUUCUUAGCGCUACCCUCCCCCCCCCCCCUCCUCCCAUGAAUUUGACUGGAAAUUACGCACUCUAAAAACUGUUAUGUUUAACCCGAUUCGACAGCGAGAACAUUUUUGGGGGGGAAUUUGCGCCAUUGAGCUUGGGGGGGAUGGGCACCCCUGAUUUAACUCAUUAACAUCUUUCCUUUUGAUUAAAUUUAAACAACUGAAUCAUGUCCAACUCUGACUGUCCUUUGCUCCAGCCUAUACAUAUUGCACUUUGUUUAUAAACAACAAUUGAUUACCAGGUGGAAGCAUCCAGUAAAAAUAAUAAAAUAAGCGCUGAAUCCACGAGAAUUCGAUUUCAUAUUUUUAUCAGCGGCCACAGAUUACAAAAUAAUAACUUUCACUCCAGAAAGGGAGCGGGAACGAAGUGUUAGAACACCAAAUGAAGUAAGAGUGGUCAAGGUGCACAGCGAUAAGGUGAUGCACUUCAUGACUCAAAUCCCUGUUCUGAAUUUGAACAACACUCAUCAGAACAAUGCAGUUAUCGAACGCAAAACAUCACUACUUGCUAGAUCUCAUGCUUGUGUUGUAGACGCAUUCGAAAGCAUUUUUCGGUGUCAAAUGGGUAGCUGCUCUUCGUGACAGGGUUGAAAUGGCAGUUUCGGUUUUUCAUAUUGUUUGACACUAACAGAAAUUGAACUAAUUAGUGGAAGAUCAUGAUGCCCCGGGUAGGAAAAAGAAAGUUUCGCAUGAUGUUUAUGAUCCCAUGCUUUACUCUCGCUUCAUCGGUAGUACUCAUUUUGCAAGCAAACUUCAAAGGAAUACCAGAACAUUAUAAUGGUUACCACACAGGGCGCAGCCUGCUUGAAUUUUCAAAUGACAGUCUCUUCAGAUGUAUUCCUUCCGGCAUAUCAUCAUUCCCAUCCGAUUUCUUCACGCAAGAAGAGCGCCAGCGCGGUGGCGUGAUCAUCCAUCUCUUGCUCACUGCCUACAUCUGUGCGAUGAUUGCUGUGGUUUGUGAUGACUACUUCAUACCAUCUCUCGAGAUCAUAUCAGACAAGUUACAGUUGCCAUCUGAUAUCGCCGGAGCAACAUUCAUGGCGAUUGGUACAUCAGCCCCAGAGUUAUUUUCUUCUAUAACAGGUUCUUUCGUGACUGAAGGGGACAUCGGGAUUGGAACAAUAAUUGGAUCAGCUGUGUUCAACAUUCUAGCAGUCACGGGACUAGUGGGUCUCAUUCUCUGGAAUGAAGAUUUACAGAUUGACUGGUACCCGAUAGCAAGAGACUGUGGUUUUUAUGGAUUGACAAUAGCCUGUUUGAUAUGGAUAAUUUCAGAUAACAUAGUCACUUGGUGGGAAUCUCUUAUUUUACUGAUGAUGUUUUUACUUUACCUCAUUGUAAUAUAUUUUAACACAACACUGGAAAGAUGGGCAAAGCAUCUGGUUAAAAGAGCUCAAGAAAGCGAUUGCUUUGAAUGCUGCUCUGGAGGAAGCGAGAAGGCUCCUUUGCUGCCCAAUCAAAUUUUCGUGCCUGAACUGCUCGACUCGCAAAAUAAACCGAAACCAGAACGAGAUAGUUUCAGCAUUGACUUCAGAGAAAUUCGAGAAAAUGCAGCUUCUCAAAAGAAUGCAAUUUAUGCUAGAAUCGACUCCAUGGUCGUUAGUGAAGAGUUGUACUCCGAAGGAACCCUAUGUUCUGCUCCAACUGGUGGGGCUUGGAGCUUUGUUUGGUGGGUCAUGAUGUAUCCUUCUUUGGUUCUCUUCUAUCUGACUAUUCCCGACAUUCGGAACAGCAAGUGGAACAAACUGUUUCCUCUCACCUUCCUCAUGUCUGUCGUCUGGAUUGGAGUCCUCUCUUACUUAGCUGUUUGGAUGGUAACGGUUAUUGGUUACACGUUUGGAAUCCCGGAUUCUGUGUCUGGUCUCACGGUUUUAGCUGCUGGAACGAGUGUGCCGGAAUUAAUAUCGAGCGUUCUUGUUGCACAAAGUGGUGGUGUACUAAAAGCUUUUAUGGACAGGGUUGGUCUCGGCAACAUGGCUAUCAGCAACCUUGUAGGAAGCAAUACAUUUGAUAUAUCUUUCUGUCUCGGUGCUCCAUGGCUCGCAAAAACGCUCAUUUCAGAAGAAGGGUAUUUACUGGUGUACAGUUCUGCACUGACCUACACAACAGCAACUCUGCUGCUCACGCUAAUAGCUUUCGUUCUAACAUUUGUUUUUACUGGUUGGAAACUAAACAAAGCCGUCGGCUUUACAUUCAUGACGAUCUAUUCUUUAGUUGUAGUAUUAGCAUGUAUGUAUGAAUUGAAUAUGUUUGGAGAAAUAAAUGUACCUGGUUGUGACAGUUGA